CUCUUUCUCAAUGGAUUACUAUCGGGUAUCCGUCCCUUCCCAUCGGCCCCAGUUGCUUUGAUCAACAGGAAACAGCCAUUGGGCUUCUCAGGAACAUGGCUGAAGCACUUGCCGCCCUCGGGCUCGCAUCAAACAUUGUGCAAUUCGUUUCUUUUGCCAGCGACCUGAUAUCUAAGAGCCGCGCAAUUUCGAAGUCAACAGAUAGCGGGCUAGUAGAGAACCUGGAAUUGGAAGCAAUCAGUUCCACUCUUCAUGAGCUGAAUCACGGUCUAUUGAGAGCCCUCGCAACUGGAGCCUCGUCGUCAACUGCAGAGAAAAUACUCCAGGAACUUUGUAAGGGAUGUGGAGAUGUGAUGGAAGAACUCCUAGAAGUCAUACAGAGCCUGAAGUCGCAAGGACCGCACACAAGAUGGAAUUCCUUCCGGCAGGCGCUCAAAAGUGUCUGGAAAGAAGAUCAAAUUAAAGCACUGUCAACACGACUAGAUCGAUAUCGGAAUCAGAUCGAUACGACACUCUUGAUGUCCCUCCGUGAGAACAUUGUUGCUCUCCAAACACAUCUAGUUGCCCAAAAUUCCACCCUAGAAGCGACUCAGAAAACUUCCGUCGAUCAACUUCACAGCUCUAUGAAAUCAAUAGAACAGUGGCAAUCAGAAGUAUUGGGAAAGCUCUUGCUGAAUGACUGGCAGUCAAAGAAUCAGCUAGAUGCAGGGCAACUUUCCAGUCAGCUGUCUGCAACUGCCGGGCAGCAAAGGGAAGAGAUCAUGAAGCUCAAAAUACUUGAGAGCUUACGUUACAACGACAUCAAAGAACGCCUCGAGCGUAUACCAUCAGCCUAUAGCAAGACGUUCCACUGGAUAUUUGAUGAGGAUGGGCCUGCUGCAGAUUUAAACUCAGCUGACGAGAUAGUGAAGCCGGAGAAUGUCGCUGAAGCUCGGGAUCAAACGAAACACACCUGGGAUAAUUAUCUUCAUUGGCUGCAAAGUGACGAUGACCUCUACUGGAUUACUGGAAAGCCAGGUUCCGGAAAAUCAACAUUGAUGAAGUACUUACAUGCCGAUCCUCGCACCCGCGAGCACUUGCGAUCCUGGAGCGGAGACCUCGACUUGAUAGUGGCUGGAUUCUUCUUCUGGAACUCGGGAUCGGCAAUGCAGAUGUCUGAAAGAGGAUUGAUUCAAACUCUUCUAUACCAAGCCAUCAGCAAACGCUUAGAACUGGUUCCAAUGCUGUUUCCGGACAGGUGGAGAUACAACCAGUUGUUUGGAAAUGACUUUCGUCCUUGGGUUCUUUCUGAGCUGAAUCAAGCACUGGAGACUCUGGUAUCGGACUGCUCCAAAAGAUUGUUACUCUUCGUCGAUGGGGUGGACGAGUUUGAAGGCGAUGCAAUGAAGCUUGCUGGCUUCCUACUCAGUCUCUCUGCCCAGAAGAAUGUCAAAAUGUGCGUGGCCAGCCGUCCCUGGCUCGCAUUCGAGGACGCCUUCAAAGGUAGUCCCUCUCUUCGACUAGAACACUUGACUGCACCAGAUAUUAAAAUAUUCGUGCUGGACAAUCUGUCUAAAAGCGAAGUCUUUCUGCAGCUCCAAAAGUUGAAGCGAAAAGAAGCUGAUGACUUGGUCCUACAAAUCACACAAAAAGCACAAGGUGUGUUUCUUUGGGUCCAUCUUGUCGUUCAGUCAUUACUCGAAGGAAUGAGAGACGGAGACAGUCUUGCUGACCUGCAAGAAAGGCUCGUAUAUCUCCCCUCGGGCCUCGAAGAACUUUUCAAGAAGAUACUGGGCUGCAUAGACGCCAGGUAUCUGCAACAAGCUUCGCGGUACUUUCAGCUCGUACGGACAGCAUCAGAGCCAUUGUCCCUACUUACAUUUUCAUACGCCGAGGAUGGAAUCGACGUCGCUAUGUGUGCUAAGAUGCAAGCCUCGGAGCUCGAAGAAACCCUCCAACUCGAUCGCAAUGAGAUGCUCGCUGAGAUACUAGCUGAGAAGAUGUUCCGAGCUGAGAAUAUGAGAAGACGUAUAAAUAGCCGAUCUAAAGGCCUUCUAGAAGCUCCCGAUUUUAAAACUCAAGGCUACGAGGCAACGGUUCAAUACCUUCACAGGACUGUCAAAGACUUCUUGGCUCAAGAUAAGACUGGAAAGUUGCUGCAGUCCUGGCUAUCAGAUCCGUUCGAUGCUGAUCUGCACAUGUGUGCUGGGUACAUGAUCGGCGUGAAGCGCAUUGAUAUCUCGCCAUGGAUUGAUCAAGGCCUAGAUCGUAUCUCGAGCAAUAGAUUACAAGAGAACACCCGGGAUUGGAAUCGCCCAAAUCAGGAUUUCCCAACGCGCAGAACGGGGAUUCUCCUCCCUUCAACUUUCCGCUAUGGUAGAACGGCACGUGGUGAAACUACUUGGUGCUACAUACUGAGCAAAGCGAGUGCGAAUGACCAUCAGAGCAUCAAGACACAGUGGCCGGUGAUUAUAGGAAUCUUGCUUGAUGGUGGUGCUGAUCCGAAAGUCAAGGUGAACAUAUUUGCAGCGGGCAAGAGAUCACUUGCCGAUAUCGUGAAGGAAAACGCAUAUUGGUGGAGUCAGGAUCCUGCUGAUAUUGAAAGACUUCGAAGAGUGUUAGUAGGUGCACAGAAGAAGGAUAAAGUAGCUCGCUGGCAACCUGGCAAGUGGAAGAGUAUUUCGGGAUGGUUUUGCACCGGCCCUCAGUACGAUCGCACAGCUAUUGGAGUCCAGGCUCUGAUAACGAUGACAGCUGCCCAUUCGUCAUACUUUGUGAUAAUGGCGGAGGGGCUGAGAGCCAGCAACGUGAUUGGAACAGUGUCCGAGGUUGGAAGACUUCGAGCGUGGAUGGAAGACUUUCGGCGAGAGCUGAAGACUUCCAGCGAGGUUGAAGACUGUGACGAGUUGAACCACUCGUCACAUGCUACGCACGUGGAAUAGGUCCACCAGUGCCCGUAUCAUGUAUAAAUAGCCUUCGUCUCCCUCCGGGAGACUCUCUUCUCCUUUCCUUAGCUUAGUAUCUUCGAAUAGAGCAGUCUACGACGCCUUCAUUGUGCUUUCUCGUACGUGCCGUCACAAAGACUUCCAUCGAGGAGAACCAAUCAAAAUAAGAUCCCUGCUAAUCAGAACCAGAACCCGUCCAGAUAGUAAAGAGCGGUGUCGUAAAACUAUAUCCGUACUCUCUGGCACAUAAAAGAGUGUCAAAAUAAUAUAUUCCCAUGAACAA